UCAUUAAUUCUUCAGGUGUAAUGCACCCGGAGAGCAUACAAGAAUUAGAAAAAGACAUAUUUGUUGUGGAGCUUCUGUUCCUUCGUCUCUGAAGUAUUGCCUUUUUGUUUUUCUUUUAUUAGUAUAACACCCACUAAUUCUUUUAUAAAAUCAUUUUUUCCAAUUAUUCCCACUAAAUUUUCCUUUUUUUUUUCUUUUUUUUUUAAUUUGUUAUAUUUGUGCGAAUCAUUUGGAGGGUUUUGAACAAUCAUUUCAAACAAACGCCCAAAUCAAAUCAGAAAAACACACUCAAUUCUUCUCAAUGGGCAAAAAACGAGGCCGCAAACCCAAAACCCCAACCCCAAUCACCACCACCCAAACCCUAGAUCCCAUCGCCACCAGCAAAACCACCGCAGACGAAGACGACGUUUUUUCCGUCACUAAUGUCGAAAUCGUCAAUCCCACUACCACCACUAAUGGCACGCACUCGAGCCCUCGCCGCCGUGGCCGUCCCAAGAAACGCCCCAAAUACUCCCCGGAAAAACCCGAAAAACCCCCGCCUCUACCUCUUGCGGUUAAUGGAGAGGUGGUGCCUACAGUUCCUGUUGAGAGCGUGGCUCCGCGGGUGGUGCCAGCGAUGGACGCAGUGGUGAAGGUGUUUUGUGUGCACACAGAGCCGAAUUAUUCGCUGCCGUGGCAGAGAAAGAGGCAGUAUAGUUCGAGUAGUAGUGGGUUUGUUAUUGGAGGAAAGAGGGUUUUAACCAAUGCACAUUCUGUUGAGCAUUAUACGCAGGUUAAACUCAAGAAACGUGGCUCUGACACUAAGUAUUUGGCUACCGUGCUCGCGAUUGGGACUGAAUGUGAUAUUGCUAUGCUAACAGUCAAUGAUGAUGAGUUUUGGGAAGGAGUCUCACCUGUUGAGUUUGGCCAAUUGCCGGCUCUUCAAGAUGCUGUGACAGUUGUCGGGUACCCAAUUGGAGGAGACACAAUCUCUGUGACAAGUGGUGUUGUUUCGCGAAUAGAGAUCCUUUCUUAUGUCCAUGGAUCUACCGAGCUUCUGGGCUUGCAGAUAGAUGCUGCUAUAAAUUCUGGAAAUUCUGGUGGGCCUGCCUUUAAUGAUAAAGGACAGUGUGUAGGCAUUGCAUUUCAGUCCCUCAAACAUGAAGAUGUUGAAAAUAUAGGGUACGUCAUACCAACACCAGUCAUCACCCACUUUAUCCAAGAUUAUGAGAAGAACGGAGCAUAUACAGGAUUUCCAUAUCUUGGGAUUGAAUGGCAGAAAAUGGAAAAUCCAGAUUUACGUACAGCCAUGGGAAUGAAACAUGAUCAGAAGGGUGUUCGUAUUAGAAGAAUUGAUCCCACUGCUCCAGAAUCUGAAGUUUUAAGACCAUCAGAUAUUAUUCUCAGUUUUGAUGGUGUAGAUAUUGCCAAUGAUGGGACAGUUCCCUUUCGGCACGGAGAGCGCAUAGGUUUCAGCUACCUUAUUUCCCAAAAGUAUACUGGUGAUAAUGCUGCAAUUAAAGUUCUCCGCAAUUCUGCGGCUCUAAACUUUGACAUCAAACUUUCAACCCACCGAAAGCUCAUUCCAUCACAUGUCAAAGGCAGACCUCCAUCCUAUUAUAUAAUUGCAGGAUUGGUGUUCUCAACCGUUUCUGUUCCAUAUCUCCGUUCCGAGUAUGGCAAGGAGUAUGAAUUUGAAGCUCCUGUCAAGCUUUUGGACAAACUUAUGCACGCCAUGCCUCAAUCCCCAGAUGAGCAGCUGGUUGUGGUUUCUCAGGUUCUUGUGGCUGAUAUUAAUAUUGGUUAUGAGGACAUUGUUAACACUCAGGUUCUUGCAUUCAAUGGCAAGCCAGUGAAGAACCUGAAGAGCUUGGCCAACAUGGUAGAGAGCUGCAAUGAUGAAUUUUUGAAAUUUGAAUUGGAAUAUGAACAGAUAGUGGUUCUCAGGACAAAGACGGCCAAGGCAGCUACUGUAGAUAUACUCACUACACAUUGCAUACCUUCAGCAAUGUCGGAAGAUCUUAAGCCGUGAAUUCAGGUCUUAGUGUAGGUAUGGUGAAAUAUUCUUGUUGUAGCCUUGUUACCACCCUGUUUUCUCUUCAACAUUGGGGUGGGUGGGGAGAAGAAAAAUUUGUAUUCUGGAAGGUGAACUUGCUAGGUUUAUAUAUAUGUAAUUGCUGAUGCACCUUCCUGAGAUGCUGUUAGGGGUCGAGAAUAGUGCGAUAUAGUUGACUUGGAUCUUGACAGUAUUUUGUUCCUUCCUACCAAGAAGAAGGAAAGCGCGUAAGAUAUAUCAGCGAGGGCGAUUUUCAUUGUCAUUUUCUCAUAUAAAUUUUGGGAAUUGAGUUGAGUAUUUCAUCAACGAUCAUUUGUAGCUUUUUAUUAUUUAUUUAAUUGAAUAGCAAAUUAGCGAAACCUUAUUAAUAGUGAAA